CGUUUGCUUGGGUCUUGUUGCGUUGGUUCACCGGGGAGACGCUAGUUGGCACUAGUGACUCAUUGUUGCCGGCCUAUGCCCAGUGCCCGCCCAGCAACGCCUGAGGCAGAGAUCCGGAAGGGACCGGAUCAGGCAGCGAGGUCGGACGAGCCCGGAAGGUCAUUCACCGGUCCACCGGUCAGACUCGGUCACAUGCUGCAAGCACCAGAUGGAGCGAAGUGGGACGACAAGUCGGGUCUAGCGGGAUCAGAUAAGAUCAGAUGGUAUGUAUGGUCCAUUCUUCCCCUCAUCUGGCGUCACCUCGGUUCAUCCAUUCCAGUUUCAUCCACAACACUCUCGAGUCCACAACUUAUCUCUUAACAAGCUCUCGCUCUUCCUCUGUCUGCCUGUGAAGAGUGCCGAGAACCCUCCGCAAAGAUGGCCCCCGCGACCGCCAUAACCCUCUAUUCCACCCUCGCCCUCCUCUGCACCACCGCUUUCCUGAACGUCGGCGGCGCUUCACCGGUCCUCGACCCCGUGUCCUCGACACAGCACCUCCUGCAGCCCGAGCCCGAGCUCGAGCUGAAGCCAGACCAUCAAGACCCAGCGUCCUACCCCCUCCACCCCAUCACCGAUUCCCCCUCCCUCUCCCCUCCCUCCUCCUCCUUUGAGGAGGAGGAGGAGGAAGCAUACAAAGCCCCCAGCUGGUUCGAAUCCACCCUCCUCGCCCGUCGUCUCCUCGCUCUCUCCCCCACCGGCACUACCUCGACCAUCUUCCCCUCCCCCCUCCCCGCCAACAGCCGCGCCUACGCCCACAUCCCCGCGGAUGUCGCCGGCCACUCCAUCAGCCUGACCGAGUACCUGUCCGACUGCGAGCACGCGCUUUCCCCCGCCACCUCAUCAUCAUCAUCAUCCACAGAAGGCGAGAGCGAAGACGAAAGCGAAGGCAACCCGAUCUUCCUCGCCCUCACCAUCGCCACGACCUUCCGCAACACGGCGCACGGGUCGAACCUGUCCCUGUCCCUGUCGUGGUGGGACCACGUCAACCGCACCGAGCCCGUGUUCCCCGGGUUUCCGCUCAGUCCCGCGGGGUUGCCCCGCGUCACGCUCUUGGGGUAUGUGGAGGCGAUUGAUUUCGAGGCGGUGGCCCGUUCGACUGGUCGGGCCGAGGGGGCGGGCGAGGUGGAGGCGCGGCUGACGGAGUGCUAUCUGCGGGCGCAUCCGGAUGCGAAGGCGUGGUUGCCGGGCCGGAAGGGGGCGCCGCAUGAGAGCUUCUGGGCGCGGUUGGUGGUGGAGCAGGUUUAUUGGGUCGGGGGGUUUGGCGGGCUGCAGCAGAUUGGGUGGGCGAAUCUGUCGGAGUGGAGGGGCAUUGGGCGGUGGGGGUCGGCGGGGGAUUUGGGGGAUGGGAGUCGGAGGGGGUGGGAGGGGGUGCGGUUGCCUGGGGAGGAUGAGUAG